AUGGCGCCUAAUAAUACCCCGUCCAGUUUAAGUGGAAGACCCGACACCCCCAAGAAGACCACGAAGACCAACAAAGAACGGAGUAAAGGCUGUCGGGCUGAGUGUAACAAAACAGAAGGGUGCAGAAGGGUCUUGCUGGCUGAAACCAUCGGACAGUCAUUAUGUCACGGUCAUGCCCGUUUCACAAAGGACGUCAACCAUAUGUCUCACGACCAGUUUGAGCACCAUGAGCCCCCUGUGAAAACGCCUCCAUCAGCCUGGCUGUCAGUUCCCAGUCACACCGGUCGUUCCAGUGGUAGCACACGCAGUAGCAUGAGCACAUCCGACGAUACCCUUUCUGCUAGAUCCUAUGACACCUUGCCCACCGGCUCUAGCUGCAUCAGCGAAGAGUAUGCGCAUAGCCAACGAAACAUCUCCAUCAACGCCAGCCAAAAAUCCCUCCCCUAUAAACGCAUCGUCAGCUUUGACGGACUUGUCCCCCUUGAAGACGUGGAACGACUCGCAAUUCAAUAUGGCCAAGCUUCACAUAUGGGGCUGCUCGACCCCAGCUACUACGUCUUUGUGAAUGGAGAUCGCACCGGGGGUUUAUGCUUCAAGGUUCUGAACAAGGUCGCGAUAGUGAUGGGCGAUCCUAUGUGCGAGCCAACCCAGAUAUCUACCGUUCUUGAAGAGUUCAACCGUUACCGACGUCGACAACGCUGGGAUAUUUCGUUCCUGGGAGCAGGAGAUAUGCUUGUGAGCUAUGUCAAAGCACGCAACAAGAAAUGGACAGUCUUGCAAUUCGGUAAAGAGCGGGUAUUGAAUCCUUUGACAAACGAGGUAAUCCACGAGACCAACGGAAAACGCAUCCUCACUCAGAACCGACAGCUCCUCAACCCCAGCAAAGGCGGCAUUACCCUGCACAUUUAUACUCCUUCCCUGGAGACGGAUUAUGAGUUGGAGAUCGAGUUGUGUACAAUCUACGAUGAGUGGCGCAUGGCCCGCAACAAGUCGGGGAGACUUCAAGCAUUCAUCACAGAGUAUGAUCCCUUCUUAAUGCCAAACCUCAUGACAUAUAUCUAUACUCGAGGGCAAGACGGGAAGGUCAACGGGUUCGCAGCCUUACGAUGGAUCGGUGGAAAGGCCGGAUAUCACGUCGAUCCGUGUAUCGCUGCUCCUGGAGCGCCAAAAGGGAUCAGCGAUUUGUUGAUAUUUGCGUCAAUGGCUUGGCUGAGGCAGAUUGGGGUCUCAUAUCUUAGUUUUGGUUAUGAGCCUUCCGACUCGUUGGCAGAGGUAUCAGGAAUGCCUAGUCCUCUCGCGCAUCUAACCCGCCAGAUAUAUCGAUAUACAUUUCAACGACUCCCAAUCGGUGGAAAGAAGACAUAUUUUGACAAGUUCAAGCCGGAUGAAGUGCAGGAUUCGCCCCUCUAUCUUAUAUUUCCGUCGAAGAUCCCGGAACCACGACCGAUCAUCGCUAUGGCUCAUGUUGCCAACAUCAGCAUCCGGAAACUGUUAUUCGAUCACCGUUCUAAGCCUUCGGUCCCUCAAUGA